AUACUGCAUAAGUUAAUUAUUUAAUAUGCUAGAAAUCAAUAUACCUCAUAAGUUAAUUGUUUAAUAUGCUAGGAAGUGAAAAGUGAUUUGCAAAACAGACAGUAGAGUAAGGAGGAUCUGGAGAGUUGGGAUGGGGUGGAUGGGGGCAUUGAGAUUUUAAAUGUGGUGUUCAGGGAUAAACUCUUUGAGAAAGUGAUAUUUGAGCAAAGUCUGGAUCCAGUAAAGAAUAUACAAAUAAGGUUUUCGGGUUACAUAAAACUAACAUCACACUCAAUAUUCUGAAUGUCAUUCAUUGAUUCAAAUAAAUGACCAUCUUAUGAAACACGUCCACUUCAAGAGCUGGUUCACAGUUCAUUAAAUGUGUUUAUGAAAUACGUAUAACCAACUCUCAUUUUAUUAUGUAGGAAUGAGUAAAUAAGUUUGAGAUUUACACUAAGUUCCCCCCUCACCUUUUCCAUCCACUUUUUAAGAGCUCUGGUAGAGCAGUGGUUAAAGUACUUGGUUACUAACCAAAAGAGUGGUGGUUCAAACCCACAAUUCACUCCAUGGGAGAAAGAUUUACAGCCUUGGAAACCUAUGAGGCAGCUUUACUGUGUCCUACAGGAUCACUAUGAGUUGGAAUCCACUAGAUGGCAGUGAGUUUGGUUUCAGGGAUCCAGCUUGUAUUUAUUUAUUUAUUUAUUUAUUUUAUUUUUAGAUAAAGGAAUUUAUGAUGGGAUUUGAGAAUCAAACUUCCGGCAGUCACUUGAUUCUCUUGGGACUGUUCCCUUCUUCCCAAAAAAGUCUGGCGUUCUUCUUCUUUAUAUGUAUCAUUUUUGUUAUGACUGUAACAGAAAACAUAGUCAUGAUCCUCCUUAUCCACAGGGACUUACGACUCCAUACUCCUAUGUAUUUCCUGCUCAGUCAUCUCUCUUUCAUGGACAUCUUGCAUAUUUCUAACAUUGUUCCUAAAAUGAUUGUUGACUUUCUGACAGGCAACAGAACAAUUUCAUUCACAGGUUGUGGUUUCCAGGUAUUUCUCUCCCUCACUCUCCUGGGUAGUGAGUGCCUUCUCCUGGCAGCAAUGUCCUAUGAUCGCUAUGUAGCCAUCUGUCACCCACUACAUUAUCCCAUUCUUAUGAAUGAGCAUAUCAGCAUUCUCAUGGCUGGUGGGUCCUGGCUUGUGGGGACAAUCAACUCCACAGUUCACACAGCUUACAUCCUCCACUUUCCCAUCUGUGGUUCAAGGGCUAUCGAUCACUUUUUUUGUGAAAUCCCAGCCAUGUUGAAGUUGUCCUGUGUAGACACAUCACACUAUGAAGGAGGUGUUCAUGUAAGUGGUAUCAUCUUCCUGGUAAUCCCUUUUUCUAUGAUCUUUGCUUCUUAUGUCCAAGUUCUCCUUACCGUCCUCCAAAUGAAAUCAACAAAAGCACAGAAAAAGUCAUUUUCUACCUGUUUCUUCCACAUGAUUGUAGUCAUGAUGUACUAUGGGCCAUUUAUUUUCACGUAUAUGAGACCAAAGUCCUACCACACUCCAGGUCAGGAUAAGUUCUUAGCAAUAUUCUAUACCAUCCUCACACCUACGCUGAACCCUAUCAUCUACAGCUUUAGAAAUAAAGAUGUUCUGGCAGCAAUGAAAACUAUGAUUGAAAGUAACUUUCUGCCUAAAAGAUGA